AUGUUCUGGGAGUGAGUGAUUGACUUUAUCAGUCCAAGGACAUCAUCCGCCUGGAAAGGGGGGGAAGUUUGAUCCUCUUUCUCACGGAUCGCAGUCAACGGGAGUUUUUUCCCUCCCAACUCUUUCACGUAGAGGAUUUUUCCCCGCUUGACUUGGUGAUUUUUUUUUUUAUUUUAGGAUUUUUUUUUGCGCAAAAACGUGGUAAAUCUCUCGGCGCGGUGUCUGCAGCGUGCGCGCUCCGCGAAACUGGAUUUUAAUUUUCUUUUCUGUUUCCUUCCCGUCUCCUAAGUUUACUUCAAGCUCAUGACUAUGCUUCUUGAUAGCGGUCCGCAGUUUGCAACGUUAGGAGUGGGGAGUUUCGGGACACCGCGGCACCACGACAUAGGGAACAGAGACCCGAGUCUGGGACUGAAUCCCUUUUCCGAAUCCUCCCACUCCGCAGCUUUCAAAAUCAGCCCCGUGGCUCACGAUAUCGCCUCCAGUCAGACUUCAGCUUUCACCCCGCAAGCCACUGGAUAUGCAGCUGCCCUGGGACACUCGCAUGGCGGGCAGGUUGGCUCCUACGGCGGAGGGGCAUUCAAUUCAACACGGGACUUUCUCUUUCGGAACCGGGGCGUUGGAGAGUCCGCAGCACCCAGCGCCCAGCAUGGGAUCUUUGCAGCUUCGGCCGGGAGCCUCCACGGGCCGCCCGGGAUCUCCGAUAACCCCGGACAUCUGUUGUUUCCAGGACUUCACGACCAGGGGGUAAGCCACGCUUCACCGAGCGGACAUGUGGUUAAUAGCCAAAUGCAUCUUGGCUUACGCGGGGACAUUUUCGGAAGACCUGAUCCGUACCGUCCGGUCGCGAGUCCUCGGACGGACCCCUACGGUGCUCAGCUGCACAAUUACAGCCACCCUAUCAACAUGAACAUGGGGAUGAAUGUGCCCACACACCACGGUCCGGGGGCCUUCUUCAGAUACAUGAGGCAACCCAUCAAACAAGAAUUAUCCUGCAAAUGGAUAGACGAGAACCAGAUGAACAGACCGAAAAAGACUUGCGACAGGACUUUCAGCACCAUGCACGAGAUGGUCACUCAUGUGUCCAUGGAACACGUCGGCGGCCCCGAGCAGAGCAACCACAUCUGCUACUGGGAGGACUGCCCGAGAGAAGGGAAAUCUUUUAAGGCCAAGUACAAACUCGUCAACCACAUCCGAGUGCACACGGGCGAGAAACCGUUCCCAUGCCCGUUCCCCGGAUGUGGGAAAAUAUUCGCCCGGUCGGAAAAUUUGAAAAUCCACAAAAGAACACAUACAGGUAAGGCUAAACCAGAAAAAGUACACCCCAAAAUAUCACAGCGUGUCGUGCGAAAGAGUGAGACUUAACAGUGAGCGUUUGAGAGGCUGUUUUUGGGAAGCUAAAAAAAGAGGACGUGUUUUUGUUGUUUACAAGAACCGUUAGAGAACUUGGCCCAACAUUUAUCCUUUUGGACAUUCCCCAAAACUAUUGUUAGGGUGCUUUUUCCCCCCUCUCUUUCUAAUUUAAAAACGCAGGGAAAAUCGUGCUUAUCUUUGUGUUAAACCUCUGUCAUUGUUUUACCUUUCCCCACUCAAACUUUGCGAGUGAUAUAUAAACAUUUACUGACUCACUUGUCAAACUUUAAGUGCAUUAGCUGCUUUAGGCUAUUUAGGUAGACUUAGGACUCUUGUGAACGUCAUAUACAAUUACACUUAAUCACUUUCUGGCUGUGUUUAUAAUUCUCGUCCUUGCUGUGCAGAAAUGCCCUGUUGAUUCAGUGUUUACUAUAAGAGAAGCAGACGCACAGGAGAGGCCAGUAGUAGCAUGAAGGAGCAGGCCUCUUGAAUAAAUAAAGCCUGACAGAGCAGUGUGUAGUAGUAGUGGAGCUGGAUCCAUGUCGCCCCCCGAAAAUGUAGGUUACUCUGUUAUAUAAUAGGCUGCAGACAAUUUACAUCUCCGGGGCUGCGGAUUUUUCUUUUUCCAGGUGCUGCAUUCAUGGGGUUAACUCACGGUAUGUGUGUGUGUCUCUCUCUCUGUGUCUCUGUGUGUGUAUUUACUCCUGCAGGUGAGAAGCCGUUUAAGUGUGAAUUUGAUGGCUGUGACAGACGCUUCGCCAACAGCAGCGACAGGAAAAAGCACAUGCACGUACACACGUCAGACAAGCCAUACAUCUGCAAAGUGUGCGACAAGUCCUACACGCACCCCAGCUCUCUCAGGAAACACAUGAAGGUAAUUAAUGUCUUCAUUACUCCUUAAACACAUUAACACACACAUACAGCUACUCUCACACUCACACACACACACACUCUCAAAACCCCACCUCCUCCUCCUCUACGACUUUCACACAACUUGAGGCAUUUCUUGAGAUGUUAUAGCACAGUCACACUGCAAAAAAAAACUAAUGCAAUCUUGUCGAGGCACUUUUGGCACUUAGCUCUAUAGUCGUUUGAUCUCUAAUGUGAAAAUAGUGAGGGGCAACUGAUGAAUUUCCGUGUGCACAAUUCAAAGAUGCAGAUUUUAAACUGUCCUUUACUUUGUACUUUUGGCACUUAGCUCUAGUCGUUUGAUCUCUAAUGUGAAAAUAGUGAGGGGCAACUGAUGAAUUUCCGUGUGCACAAUUUAAAGAUGCAGAUUUUAAACUGCCCUUUACUUUGUUAAAAUGAAAACUUUAAAUUAAUGUGUGUAGGCGUUUUGGCAUUUUGUUGAGGUAAACUACAUUUCCACGCGUAACUUCACUGUAUUUUUUCCCACUGUAGAUGUAGAAGUUGCCUUCCCAGGUUGAACUUUGUUUGUUUACUGUUUUAGUUGCACUACAUAAUCCUGGGUUAAACCGCGUUUAAGCCUCUACCAAAUCACUUUAAAUACUGUUACGGUGUAAAUAAAAGGGACUCCAUACUCAAUGUGGGCUUUUUAUUUUCAGGUACAUGAGUCUCAAGGAUCUGAAUCGUCCCCAGCAGCAAGCUCUGGAUACGAGUCGUCCACACCGCCUGUGUUGGUCUCAGCCAGCACUGAAGACCCGACAAAAACACCGCCGUUAGCCGUUCAAAACACGUCUGGCCACAGCGAAGGACUGGCACCCAACUUUAACGAAUGGUACGUUUGAAGUCAGCGGAAGAACAACCCCCCCACCCCCUCUCUCUCGAUGUGGACCAAGAGGUUGUGGAUAAAAAAAACAAACUUAAAAACUAUUCCUGUUCACUUCACAGACAUAAAAAACCCACACACACACUCACACACACACACUCUGUCACACAUACACACAAACGGGAUUGGGACAACAACAACAACAACAGGAGAUGAGAGCAAACGCCAGCAGCACGCAGGCCACGUCCGUUCUCAGGAUCACGAAAUUUGACUUUUAUUGCGCAGUUUUGAGGAAAAAAAAAACAACAACAAACAAAUCACGAAUAAAUAAACGUAAUACUUUCUCAGUAUAAAUAAAUGUUUUUUAUCUUUUAGUUUACAGAAAAAUUGUUUUAUUUUUCAUUUUAUGUAUUUUCUCAAAUUUUUAUUUAAAAAAAAGAAUAAAAAAGGAAAGAUUAUUUCACGCUGUUUUAUAUGAAGGUGACGCGCUACUGUCGCCUCUUCAAUUGAUUGUUGGAACUUCAAACAGUCUUAAGAAACGUGCCAAAGUCUUUGUCAUGAACUUGAACACAGAAAAAAAAAUCCUAAAUAAAUAUUAUACUCGUGAAUGUAUUUCCUUGUUUGAUGGGGUCGAAUCUAUUGUCAACGUCCGUUUUUCAGGUGGAGAAAUGUGGUAUUAGGUUACGAUUGUUACCGUUGAAUAUAACGUUGCCUUUUGUUAAUACCGUUGUAAAUACAUAUCCAUGAUGCCAUAUUUAUCAAUUUGUAAUUUAAUUAUGGGUAUAAGUUCUGAAACUUAAAUGAUAUUUAUGGAAAUGUUUUCUAACAAGAAACUGUACAGUUUUGGUCAUAACCAGCUUAACAUGGAACAAAUGAGAAACUCUAAAGCUCCAACAUCGCGAUUGUAUCCUUCUGUUUUUAUUUUCCUUUUAACCAAUAGGCCUACAUGUGUCUUAUUUGGAUCGAAGAAAUCAUCUAUAUGAAUAUUAUGGAUUUGUCUAUAUAUAAUGCAGAUAUUUCCGUCACUUUUAUUUUCUUUAUGAGACCAUUGACAUGUAAAUCAUUGACUUUGUAGAAACUGAGUUCAGUUGAGCUGAGAAGCUAUAAAACGGUUCUGUUGAUAUCUUUAUUUUUGGUUAAAAUUUGAACUUUUUUGUGUAUUUUACUUUGAUAGAAUCAGAAAUAGAUGUCAAUUCGUAGCAUAAACUCAGUAUUGGAAAAAAAAAUAAUGAGAAGAAGAAGAACAAGAAAGAAGAAGAAGAAACCCAUCAGCCUAUUGCACUCUUACACAGGUCUUAGACGAGUCAUGAUUUCCAAAUCAAGGUGACAGCAGCAUUUUGAUUCUUUCCAAUCCGGGUCCAGCACCCAAAUAUAUGCGCCAGUAAGGCUCUCUUUAUAGUUCCAGCAAUGUCUUUGUGCAAGUAUGUUUAAAUGUGUGCAUCGGCAACAAUGGAACUGUCUCAACACAGUAUCUUCAAAAAUAAAAAAAGUUUUUUGUCUGUCAGCUUGCAUUGUUUUAAAUGUAAUUCUUCUGUGAAAACUAAGCGUGUUCUUUGUUGUGGUGUUGCAUAUAGAGCAGUUUGAUUACACAUUUGCUUGUUUUGUGUGAAUAACUUGUCAAGAUGACAUUUUUUGUGUUUAACAAAAAUUUAGUGGAAGGAAUUUUAGAUCUAUGUGGGGGUCUUGGGGAGGGGGAGAAUACGUCCAGUGGCGAAAAGAGUUACAGCAUUGCAUUGUAACCUAUUCUCAAGAAUUAAAUAUUAUGCAUACACAAAGUUUAUUGUACUCGUAUACGAGAACAAUUUCAGACCACCAGCACUACUUUUAAAAUAAAAUGUAAAAAAAGGUACCUCGUGACAGUGAUAUAUGAAAUAAGUUUAUUUAAAUAAUUUAAGGAAUAUAUGUUUUAUAUGCUAUUUUCUAUACCUUAAUUUAAAAGAAGUACUUUUCUUAUUGCCACCACCUUUCUGCCCCAUGUCCAGCGGUCAGAGGAAAAUAUCUGAUGUAUAAACACAGCUAGAAUGUGAUGUUGUAACACUUUCUGGGAGAAAUGGGUCACACUCCGAGUUAUUCCUGAAGAGCAAAACUGUUUUACUGAUGAACUGUGUCACUGUGCCACAUUGAGGCAAACCCUGUUACAACAGCAGGCCUAUGCGUUAGCCUAUUUAGCUGCCAGAGGCGAAGAUUCCUUGUACUUUUUAGGCUACUGUAUGUUGGUUGAUUUGUUUUACCAACUAUUUAUGAAGAAAUGUGAACGGAAAUUUUGACUGAAAUUAAAAAAACAUUCUGAAAAGCGAC